AUGUCUGUGGUCAAGAGUCAUUUGUUAAAGAAUGAAGUUUUUCCUGGUUGUGAUAAUUACUGUGCUGCUUGUAUUGUAACUGCAAAUGGGUGUGUAACAUUGAGGGAGACGGUUCAGAAAAUGAUGGAUGAGGGAAGUCUCCGAUUCGAGAAAGUUGCUUUGGAGAAUGAGGAUAUUUCAACGAUAACCAUUUAUUUCGAUCCUGUCCACUUGUCAGUGUCGGCAAAUGUGGUUCCAAUUACCAUCACGGUACCUGGACCUAUUUUUUAUGAAAGUGAUGGUGUUGUGCCAUGGGACUAUGGUGGUGAUGUGUAUUGCAACGGGGAAAAGAAGGAAGAUCAGGCUGCAGUUGACACCGCCGUUUCAAAGGUGGACAAUGCCGGGCUUAGUGGUUUCUCUCGCAGCGGGAGGUUGUUUGCGCCUAACACGUUGAGAGGUGGUGAUGUAGAAAAAGAACAGAGAGAUAAGGCUGAGGCUUUAGCCAGGGCAAAAGGAAAGCAAGUGGUGAAUGAGGAUACUCCUAGAGCGGCACAGGCGCCUGUUGAGCCGGAAAGUGAGUUUGACGCUGAAGCCGAGGAGUUUUUGAGAAUUAUUAAGAAGUCUGACCAUGGGUUGGGUUUCACUGAUCUCGAUCUUACUAUGGACGGGCGCAAUUACAAUAAGGCACUACACAUAUCGAUGGAGUGUAAAGGAGCUGUGCUUUCGCAUGUUUUGGUUGAUACGGGCUCGUCACUCAUUGUGUUGCCUAAGAAGGCCUUGGCUAAAUUGGACUGUGAGGGAUUGAUUUUGAGGCCUACUGAUCUGGUGGUUAGAGCGUUUGGUGGCUCUAAAAGGGCUGUGUUCGGGGAAGUUGAGCUCCCCAUAAAGAUUGGUCCUGAGAAGUUAAAGUACAUCUUGGACGGGCAAGUCGUGACAGUUUGCGGUGAGGAGGAUAUUUUUGUCAGCCAGUUGUCAUCAUUUAAGUAUGUGGAAAUGGACGGUGAAAUAUUCGAAACACCAAGCCAGACGUUUGAAACCAUCAAGGUGGAGAAUGUCAUUUUUGCCGAAAGAGAGAAGAAGCCGUCCAUUGCUUCUUAUAAACAGGUUGUGGAGGUGGUGAAAAGUCGAGAGGCCCCAGGUUGGGGAAGAGUGAUAGAUGUUGCGGUGAAGUAG